AUGGCAGAUGACAAAAGUCCGAGCCCAGACCAGGGCCUCGUACCUGAAACUCAGUCUCCGCCGAGAGAAGAUCAUUUGGAAGUCGACGAAGAGGAGACUCUAGAUAAUGAUUCCACAUACAAUCUGUCAACGGCCGCCGGUAUCAUGCUUUUCGUGAAGCCCAACGAUGAAGAGGAGCAAACACGAAUGGACUUGGUACAUCACAUUUACUCUCUCAUGCUAGACGGUGCUUUAUUCUUGGCGCCUAUUGGUGACCAUCCUCAGCGUGUUCUGGAUCUGGGAACUGGCACUGGUAUCUGGGCGAUAGACUUUGCCGAUGACUUUCCCUCGGCUUCGGUCCUGGGGACGGACCUUAGCCCUAUCCAACCAGAGUGGACUCCGCCAAAUUGUCGAUUUGAAGUAGACGAUUUCGAGGCUGAGUGGCUUUAUCACACGCCCUUUGACUUCAUUCACGCACGGGAGCUGGAAGGCUGCAUUGGCGAUGAUGAUAGGUUCUUCCAGCAAGCCUUACAACACCUAGCUCCUGGCGGCUAUAUCGAAAUGCAGGCAGUCGCGGCACCAUUUCUAUCAGAUGAUGGUACUGACGUAAAGGCCGUCAACGCCCAGCUAUGGUUAAAGACGCUGUGUGAAGGAUCUGCCAAGUUCGGCAAACCAAUUGAUUGUGCUCCUCUGUGGAAGGAUAAGUUGAUUGCUGCUGGUUUUGAGAACGUACGGGAAGAGAUACGCAAGAUGCCACUCGGGUCAUGGCCCAAAGACCCGAAGCUCAAGGAAAUUGGCAAAUAUCAGUCUAUCCAAGAGGCUAAAGCCAUUGAAUCAUACACACCACAGAUCUUCUCGGCUGUACUUGGAUGGUCACAGGAAGAGAUACAGGUUUUUAUGGCAAAGGUCAAGAAUGAGAUCAAGGAUCCUUCGAUUCACCUUUAUCUUCCUGUGCAUUUCCUUUGGGGACGAAAACCUGCGUCUUGA